AUGAUGGAACAAACUGUUGAACCAAUGGAUCAAACUAAUACCUCAGAAAUAUUAAGAAAAAUGAAGGCUAGAAAGCGUUCCAAAGUGAACAGUAGUGAUAUAGGUCCUAUCCUAGAGACCUUAGGGGACGAUAUAACAAUAGCAUCAGAGGCAGAAAACGUGAAUAAUAAAAGAAACGGUCUUGCAACUGGAGCAAAGAAGAUCCCAUUUAUGGAUAAUCGAGGUGAUAUUUCAAGUAAUUUCACUGAAAAACAAUUCAUUCCGAAUGUUUACGUUGAAAAUCGAAGUGGUUUUCGUUCACGACCACUAAAGGAUUAUGAGAAAAAUAUGAAUAAAACACAAAAUAAUGAAGAAUCUACACCAAAAACAAGACAAACUGAUAAACAAGAACUUAUCGAUACAUAUAACAAUCCAGGAUUACAUUUUGUUAUUAGCAUACAUGAAACAUUACAAAUUUUGAUAUUUACAAUAUUUGGUUUAUUGGCAGGUGCAAGUUUAGUGCAUACACUAUUUGUACAAUCAUUAAUUAAUCCAAGAAAAAUUAAAAACGAUGGUUCUUGGAACUAUGAUCAUGGAGAUGGUUAUUUAUCAUUAUUGAAAUAUUAUGGAGUUUAUGCACGUCCAAUUUCGAUUACAUAUUAUAUAUCAUUAGCUUUGAUAGGUGUUUUUGUAUUUGGAAAAUUUGAUUUAGGCAGACCAACGACAAAUUGCAUUCAAAGAUGUGUUAAACUCCAAAAUGGACUAAUGGCUAUCAUAUUUUAUAUGAUCGCUUUCGCAAUACAUAAUGCCAUGAAUUGGUUCGAUUACAUAUUCCAUGUAAAUAGUUAUAAACCUGAGAAUGAAAUAAGAUAUCUAUUGAGUACACAAAAUGAUUUAAAUAAUUUUCUUAAAAUAUGGCAAAUACUUGAUACUUGUCGUACAGCAUUCAUACUAAUCACAUGGAUAUCAGUUGCAUUAGGUGAAUCGAUUCAUGACAGGUUGACUAAAACGCUGUACAUUAAUCCUAUGAAAAUCGAAGAUGGCAGUGGAAACAAUAUCAUCCAGUCAAAUUAA